UCUUGCACUCAGCUUUCCAACGCCGACCCGAGCGGGGUGGGCGGUGUCGCGGGCGUGAUGUCAUUGCUAGGCGUCGCGCACAGCCAGAAGGAGCCUUGACCUCUCCGCGUGGGGAGCUGCGCCGCAAUGCUGCAGCUAGUACGGGCUGGGGCGCGGGCCUGGCUUCGGCCCACGGGCUGCCGGGGCUUGAACGCGCUGGCGGAAGAGGCAGUACCCCAGGCGGCGAAGCCAGAGUCAGUAGCUAGCGCGGGUCCCCAGGUGCCAGUGCUGCGCAGGUGCGAGCUCCCGGUACCCGCGCCCCGGCGUCCGGUGCAGGCCUGGGUGGAGUCCCUGCGCGGCUACGAGCAGGAGCGCGUGGGUCUGGCGGAGCUGCACCCCGAAGUUUUCUCCACAGCGCCCAGGUUGGAUAUCUUGCACCAGGUUGCCAUCUGGCAGAAGAACUUUAAGAGAAUUAGCUAUGCCAAGACCAAGACUAGGGCCGAGGUGCAGGGUGGAGGCCGGAAGCCUUGGCCACAGAAAGGCAGUGGGCGUUCCAGGCAUGGCAGCAUCCGCUCCCCGAUCUGGCGAGGAGGAGGCGUUGCCCAUGGCCCCCGGGGCCCCACGAGCUACUACUACAUGCUGCCCAUGAAAGUGCGGGUGCAGGGCCUCAAGGUGGCGCUGACCGUCAAGCUGGCCCAGGAUGACCUGCACGUUGUAGACUCCCUGGAGCUGCCGACCUCCGACCCCCAGUACCUGACCGAGCUGGCCCGCUACCGCCGCUGGGGGGACUCUGUGCUCCUUGUGGACUUAGCCCCCGAGGACAUGUCUCAGAACGUCAUAGCAGCCACCUCCGGCCUCAAGACCUUCAACCUGAUCCCGGCUGUCGGCCUGAACGCGUACAGCAUGCUCAAACACCAGACCCUGGUCCUGACCCUGCAGACCGUCGCCUUCCUGGAGGAGAAGCUGCUCUGGCAUGACUCGCGUUACACGCCCCUCUACCCCUUCCGCCUGCCCUACCGCGACUUCCCCUGAGCCCCA